AUGCCAGAAAAAGUGGACCCGUAUCCAAUAGUGAAUGGUGUUCAUUUGAACGGAGAUGUCGAGCCCAGCAUCGAGCAGCUGGAGCGCGAGCUACCGGAGGUGUUUGACGGUCAGAUUCCUUUGGGGGAUAUUCUAUCCCGUGUCAUGCAGGCUAUAUACAUGGAGCUGACAGAGAUGAGCGAAACUCUUCCAAACAUGUCAGACGCAGCCCGCAAGCGGACCCUGGCAGACUGGGUAGUCAAAACCAAGAAGCAGGUGGUGAAGCUUUACGCCAUCGUGAAAUGGUCUCGCGACGCGGAUACUGUGCAGAAAUGCAUGAAUAUCACUGCUUUUCUCAUGGAUCAAAACCGUCAGUUUGAGGAUGCGAUACAAGGAUUAACAUACGCGUGGGAGUCUUUGGAUCCUGCACGACUGCGAAACCAUGACCUCCUUACCUCACUGGAUGUGCUAACAUUUGGUACAUAUAAGCGCCUACCUACCAGGAUCAAGAAAUCUAUAAUACCUCCCACACCACUGACUGACGCUGAAGUGAUUAAAACGUUGAUAGGCAUUCAAGAUGCGAUACAGUUUCGACUCCGUUUGAAUGAAGUCACACCCGUAGAAAUGUCGCGCCAGCGCAUCGGUUUUCCCCCAGCAAACGGCCGUGUAUACUUCACAAUACCCAAACUAUUUGAAUGUUCAUUAACUCUGAAAGGCGCCCAACCAAAAGAUUCUUGGUCUUUUUUACACGUCGAGUUCCUCAUAAAUAUAGGAGGCGACGUCAAUGUCACCCAAGAAUUCCCUCGACGACCUACUGGCUUAAUGCACGGCUUUAUAAAAGAGGAAGUCGAUCGGCAAUUAGAGCUGUAUACCCCAAAACCGCCACCAGAUUUCCUUCUACCUGGGGCCGAGCCCCCUCCCGCAGCUCCAGAGCUGCCUGAAGAUGUCGUCGAUACGCCGUUGAUCCGUCUUUUCAACUUUUUGCAAAUGAUGUCAAUGUCAUAUCAACUCGAAGCACUAUUUUUCCAGGCUACAAGAAUGCGUUCUUUAGGCUGGGCAGAAUUCCUGAAUGUUUCAAUCACUCCCAAUCGUAAGGUCCUCGCAGUUUCGUAUUGGAUGUAUGUCUUUCCUCCCGUUGUUCGCCUACCGCCGAAAUUAGCGGUCCCUUUACAUGGGGGGACAGUGACGAUUUCAAUGGUGGAAGGAGUCAGAACUUCACACACCAGCUCAUCAAAGGCCAAGGUUCUGGCUGAACUGCAAUAUGCUUCGAAGCUUGGUUCCAAGAGACCAUCGGACAAAGUUGAAUCUCUCAAAUUUGAGGUUCGAUGGGAACCAACACCAAAUGCUAUCGGAAUCCAUAUUCCACCCGAAGAAUAUCUGUUACCUACUGGCAUGCUACUCGUGGAUGCUGAUAAUCUGGAUUUCGAAGCCAUGCUACGGAAGAUUAUCCAUAAACAUGUUAAUAUUAUAUUAACAAGAAUCCAAUACCAGCUUCAGCACACCGGGCGCUCUGGGUUCGCAGCCCCAGGUGUCUUAACCUUCAUUGAAGAUGGUGAAUUUCAAGCAUUAAAAGUUCUGCUUUGUGCAGACAAAUAUAUCUUGGUUUCUUUGGAUCCUAGGACUGGUCGUUUCACCCUGCGUGAUGUAGGAGACCUUGCAGCUACCAUGCAUGGUCUGCGACUGCUUAGAUUCGCAGACAAAAUUAAUGAGACCCCUGCUCAAAUUUUUAACGCCUUGGUCUCUAUUCGACUUCACACAAUCAUCGACCUCAUCGAACAGAAGGCUCAAUAUCUUGGUCUGCAAAGUUUUCGUUCCCGCAAUUUUGCACAAACUGAAAUGGCCAAACUGGGCCCCCAUAGAGGGUCUAUCUACAUCCAGUUGGAAAGCCACCCUACGCAUUAUCUCGUCAUCAUGAUCUCUGACGAAGACUUCAAAUACGCCUUGAUCAAUACACAAAUAGUGCGAACUACAAUUACUACUAGUAUGGUCAUGGGUGACAUUGCCUGGUUGGACUUUUCACGUUUGAGGAAUGAUGACCUGACGAUCAGCGUACAUGCGGAUCGGCCGGAUUCGCGCCCUGUGCUGAAGCGUGGGCGCUCGGACGAGAAGGUGCUCCCAGUUGAGCAACCAUCCGCAGGAAUCUUGCAACCAAACAACACAUAUAGAUUCCAUUUGGAGACACAAGUUUUACGCGAAAUCUACAGCUAUUGCUGUGCCCGUGUGGCCUACAUGAACGUCGAAAUCCAAUUUAAAACACGUGGUAUUCCAUUCACGCAUGUUAAUCAUACCGCUUCAACCUCAGUUUCUCCUGAACUCGCCUACAUACAAUCCUCCCUGGCUCGCUCAGUCCCUGGGUUAUGCGUGCAAUCCAGUGACAUAUUAUCUGGAGCCCCGGCAGCGGAGGCCGCUAUGCCCAAUAUCCGCGUUAUACCGCUCAAUUGGUGGUCAGAAAAAAAGGCGCAAGUUGUGACAUGCGUGAAGCUUAAAUACGUACAACAACCAAUGGGCAAAUCUGCAGGAACUAGUACUGUGAUUAGGCCUUCAAAACGGAUCAUUUACGACACGACCGAGGCCGUCGUGUCGUUCCUCUCUGAAAACGUGGAUACUUGCGUUGACGAAUUUCUGGAAGAAUGGGCUCGUGUUUCUAAAAUGGUGGUCAUUGCACGACAAGUCGCCCAGAUGUCCAAGGAAAAGAUGUUGCCUGAUGUCAGACUACUUUCCUUCGACCUUCAAACUGUAGAGUUUGCGUACGCAGAGGAUUAUACUGUCUUCAUAACAUGUGAAGACCAACUCUUCAAUGGGGGGACUUUCGAUCUCCGGUUCUCUCGUACUCGACCGAGUCCCGGAAGCAUCGAAGACUAUGAUUCCUUCAACCCCCACGACGAUGCCGAACCGUAUUUGCGAAAUAUUUUAACACCUGGACAUGGUCGCCUUGCACCCUCCCUACACAAGCUCGUUCGGCUUCUCCGGGAUACAUUACCUAUAGCCGUUGAACUAGAAGCGAUUCGAAGAGAGACUGAACGAGAUCAAGGCCAGAUGCCAGUCGACACAUUUGCCAAAGCUGCUGGGUGGUAUAGAUUAAUGUUUAGUGAUUUAAGGCAUGCACUCGAUAUACGGUUGAUGACGGACGAUAGAGUGGCAAUAUUUGACGCCUCCUAUUCUUUCUACCCUUCGGACGCUUCCGGUGACAUCGUCAUGUCAGAGCCUGCGGUUUCCGACCAUACUCUAAAGCCGAUCCCAAACUAUCCUAAUAUUGUGCUGGACUGUGUACGACAGGCACUCGACUCGGGGAGUGCAGUUCCUGGUAAAAUAGCUCCAGUGGAUGUCGCACUCAUCUGCGAUAAGAAUUCGGUCAAACCGCUGAUUCGAGCCGUAUAUGCACAAGUGGCAGCUAAACUCAAACAAGCAUCUUAG